AUGUAUGGAGGUGACAGUCGCCACCAGCUUCAAGCAGAGAAUCUUUUGAUGGAGCAACAGCGCCAAAAUGUACUGAUUGGAGCUGGUGCCCCGGCAUCGAUAGCGCUCAGCAACGCCAAUGCCUUUUCCAGUGCUAAUCGAUCAAGUGGAACGACCCUUCAGUUCGAAGGUAAUCAGUCCAUUUUUAAUCAAUCAGGGCAAAGCCUAGAAGGAAGGAUUGCCUCUCCUGCGGACCUUUUGAGCGGAGACGUCGGGCUUCGCUCUUCAUCGGCAUUGGCAAGUGAACCCAAGGAAGAAGCAAAGGUUGCAAGGCUGCCGGCUCGUGAGAAUGCGGAUGAAGAUGACGAGGACGGCGAUGUAUCAGACCAAGAUGAGGAUGCCUUGGACGAUGAAGCCUUCUACCGAAAGCGAAACUCUGUUGAGACCGUUGAGGAUCUCCGCUUGCAGAACGAAACAUUCCCGGUCAAGCUCUACCGAAUGCUCUACGAGGUGGAAAAGAACGGGAAGGCCGACAUCGUGUCCUUCCUGCCCCACGGACGCAGCUUUGCCAUCCACAAGCAGAACGAGUUCGCCACGAUCCUUCCAGGGUACUUUGCGACAGACAGAAUGGCUUCUUUCCAGCGCCAGCUAAACCUCUAUGGCUUUCGCAGGAUCACAGAUGGAAAAGACAAAGGGGCCUUUUUCCAUGAGAAGUUCACCCUUGGGAAACGCAGUCUAUGCAAGAAGAUCAAACGAAAGCGAGGGAACCGCAGGUCUUCCUCCAGUCUCCGCCGCGGCUCCCAGGCAUCCUCGUCCUCGACUUCCAUGGCAUCCCAGCAAGGUCAACAUCAGCAUGGUUC